CUCGCGCCACCAGUCAGUGAACAACAACCGGAGAGCGGCUAACGUCAGACAUGCAGAACCUCCAGCGCAUGUAGACUUCUGGAUAGGUUUAUAGUUAACGUUAGUUUAUGGGGAGACCACUGAGUACCAACGCGGAGCAUGUUUAAAAUCGACUGUGUCUUUAACAACGUUGAUUGAGGGGCGAAAAUCACAGCAUUAGGAAGUUAGUGGAAGAGAAACAGUCGAGCCCGCCCGGGUCCGACGGCCAGUCAGCGUGUGGGAAUGGCAGCCCCCCGCCCGAUAAAAGGCAUCCUGAAAAACAAGAACAGCGACACGACCGUCGAAUCGCUCCCCGAGGAAGUACCGGGAGACAGUCCUGAACAAGCCCCCGUACUCCAGGAUGAUGACCCGCAGAAGAAGUCCCAGAAAUGGGAUGAGAUGAACAUCCUGGCCACGUACCAUCCGGCUGACAAGGACUACGGCCUGAUGAAGAUAGAUGAACCCAGUACGCCUUACAACAGGAUGGUGGGGGAAGACGAUGAUGAAGGGGCGCUGAGCGACUCGGACGGCCGUGGCGGACUCGCAGCUGAUGACCUGACAUCAAAGCUGGUUGCAGCAGAGAGCUCAGAGCCACGCUUCAUGAAGGAGGAAGAAGAAGAAGAGGGGGAGGAAGAGGAGAGCAGCGAGGAGGAGGACGAUGAGCUGAGUCCUGAAGAACAAGCCAAAAAGACACAUUUUCAAAUGAUGAGGAAGAUGCACUACAAUGAGGGCCUGAACAUCAAGCUGGCCCGCCAGCUCAUCGCCAGCGAGCUGGAAGAGGACGCGAUCGCAGACGAAGAGAUGGGGGAGGACACGGAGGAGGCGAAGGAGGACACAGGAGAGACGGAGGAGAUCAGUGUCGACCCGCCACAGGAAGCUGAUUCUCUGGACUCAUAGAGGCGGCUUCUAUCCCAAAUUCAGGCCCCGUGCGUGGGCUCCAGGUCCGAACAGACAAUGCCGCCGCGCUUUGUGUUUUUAAUGCCGGGCCGCACAGCAGACACCGCGUCACCACCCAUGUAACAAACCUCAAGAGCCAAUAACCUCCCGGUCUCCUUUCUGUCCCCACUGUUCCUUUAAGCUGUGCAAUAUAACCUUCAAACAACCUGGUUUUUAAUCAGUGCAACUCACAAGAGAAGAAUGUUGCCCCCCCCUGCCCCCCACUUCCUCUGGACUUCAUCGCACUGAGAGAUUUGUGAUUCUGACCCUGAAACGAGGAUCAAGGUCUUGUUGAAAUAAAAUAAUUUAAAAAAACAUUACUCCGGAUACCAGGACGGCCGUCUGGCCUACAGGCCGGUACGUCAGCCCCUGGGGGGAGCCUGGGGAAACCCCGCGGCCUCUCAAAGGACAUACCUGAGACAGGAGGACAGCCAUUUCACCGGAGGCUCUUCGGAUGGCUUUCUCAUUUUUGCUUUGGGACCCACCACUCCGUUGCAUUUCCUGUCCUCCCGCGAGACAAAUUGGACGCUGUGAUGACCAGUUGGGUUGUCCCCUUAGUGUUGCCUUGUGAUUCUAACUGGCAAUACUCCUGUGAAGAUGAUUUAAGGAGCUUUGUAUUGGUCUCGAAUAGCACAAGACAUCGUGACCCACGUAGGCUUUAAUCAUCAAGAAACCACUUUUGACGUUGCGCAGUUCGUACUUGAUAUCUAACGUGCUUGAUUGACGCAUGUAUGCUGUGGAGUCCCACUUUGAUGCAGUCAGUUGUAUGGCUUUUUGCUUUAUAUGAAGUACAACAACAACACCGAUACUUAUUGAUAUACUCUCAAUUUGCUGUUUUCCUGUUCGAAGCGAGAACACUACACCAAACCUCACUUCAAAUUCUGGCAUUUAGAACAAAACAAUCACUUAUACCUCAUCAAACAGACAGUUAGCACUCAAAAACCGGCGUUCUCACCUACACAAUUGGUCUCUCGGACGGGAGCUUCACCCAGACCCAAUUGUGCGUCAUUUGUUUUGAGGACGGUAACAUCUAAUUGGUCUUUAAAUUCCCGUUUAAUGUAGUGCGGUCGGAUAUACUGAAGUGUCUUGUGUCCGACGCAGCUCGGGAAUGUCAAAGAAGGAAAUGCUUGAUGCUCCUAACUUAAGUUAAACCAGAUGUCCGCAGUAGAGCUAACCUGCUUAAGCUCAUGGGGGGGGGGGUCACAAGAAAGUCUUAAACUGUUGCAUUCGACAAAAGUAUGAGAGUGAGUGUGGGGGUUGGGGAGGUUAUUACUUUUAUAAUUACUGAGUUUACACACUGUAUGACUUGAGCCGGAGGCAAGAACCCGACGCCCUGAGAGAAAAGUAUGUAGGAACCCGGAGUCUGUGCGUCUGCUUUUGUGUUCUAUGCAUUUCCUUCUGGGCCCUUUUAUUUCCUCACUGUGAUUUUGAAUGUGUUGUGCUUUAUUACAAAGAUCCCAUAAGAUCAGAGACCAACGGUAUGACUUCUGGAAAUAAAACGUCCCUUUGCAGGUCAUUUUGUUCUCGUAGUUUAGAGUUUGGUGGGGUUUUUUUUCGGUUAUUAUAGAGGUUAAAUGCAUCCUCCUUUCUGCCAUUUCCACCAAUCAACAAACACUCAUCCAAGCGGUUAUUAUAGAGAUACAGGAAUACGUCUGGAUGUACAGAUUUUGAUGAUACUGUUGUCUUUGUCUUCUGUUCACCGAAUUUGUGAGCAGAUAGAAAAGGAAACUGCUGAGACCUUCGAGAGACGUUCUCACAUAAGACGAAAGGGCAAAAGUCCAAAACAUGAGUGAUGUGAUCGAACCCCGAAGGUGGUUAUGAACUGUCAAAAUGUGCCUCUAAUGUAUUUAUGUACAUGUGUGUAAAAUGAACCGGCUAUGCUCCACGUUACCGUUUCACGUUGGCCUCGCGUGUUCGCCGUCUCGCUUUUUGUUACUCGCACCACUUCUCCUCUGUUCGCUUUGUGUGCUGAGAAUGACCGACUGUUGAGCGUCUCAAAAAUGAUGCGGCUCUUAAAUCUGCGUGAUUUUGUAUUUCCGGUUUGCGAGUCCUUUAAUCAUUGGAUUGCGUGUAUUCAGUUUGGGUUUUUGUCUCCUAUCAUUAAACAAAUGUUGUUAGGAA